GCCCUGCACUGAGUGACAAUGUGGGCGUGUUUCUCUCGGCCCAACAGUCUCCGCUCUUGUGUGGAGUCCAGAGCGCAAAAGGCACUUCUUCUGGUGCGACCGGAGAGCGCAAAAGUAUCAGCUCUCCGAUCCUGACGCGCACACCAUCUCCAACUCCGGCGCCCCCCCCCGAAUCCAACUUCACUAAGCGGGAAAUAAAGAGUUGCUUAACAUCUCCCGGUGACUCUUCCAGCCAUGGACGCAUCUCGACUCGUAACGCUAUAUCUGGGCCUGCUCCUUGUUUUCCUUGGGAAUAUACCGUGUUUCCAGUCUGCUGCUAUCAUCUCUCCCUCUGCGCCGAGGAGAAACAGGGGAGCCAGGAUCCCUCAUCAGGACGGACAAAGGUCAUCCAAAUUCCUAAAAGACAUGUUCGCGUCUUCGCAUCCUAUCGCGGGCCAUCACAAAGAAGACCUAAAGGACGCUAUUGUGCCGCAUGAAUACAUGCUCUCUAUAUACAGGACAUACUCGGCUGCAGAGAAGCUCGGACUAAACGCAAGCUUUUUCCGCUCCUCUAAAUCUGCCAACACCAUAACAAGUUUUGUGGACAGAGGAACAGACGAUCUUUUGCACUCUCCUCUGCGAAGACAAAAGUAUCUGUUUGAUGUCUCAACCCUUUCAGACAAAGAGGAGCUGGUCGGGGCGGAAUUAAGGAUAUUUAGGAGAGCGCCCGGGGAUUUGCAGACUUCCCUGCAGACGACGGGUCUGUACGACAUCCAGCUCUACCCCUGCCGCUCGGACAGACUGCUGGACUCCAGGUCUCUGGACCCGCUGGACUCCACCAAGGGCGGCUGGGAAGUUUUGGACGUGUGGGACAUGUUUAAAGCACAUCAGCAUCAUUACCAUCAUCCCCAUCAUCACUAUCAGGGGAACCAGCUCUGCUUCCAGCUCCGCGUCACUCUCGGCAAAUCAGAGACCGAGGUGGACCUGAGGCAGCUGGGGCUGGACAGGAGUAGCCGGUCCCAGCGGGAGAAGGCCAUCCUGGUGGCCUACACCCGCUCCAAGAAGAGGGAGAACCUGUUCAACGAGAUGAAGGAGAAGAUCAAGUCGCGGAGGUCGGUCGGUGAGAAGGAGGAGGCGGUGGUGGUGAAGGCGGCGGCGGAGGAGGGGGUGUCGCCGAAGGGGGUUAAAGGAGAGGGGCCUCGGCGGCGGCGGAGGACUGCGCUGAGCAACCGGCACGGGAAGAGGCACGGGAAGAAAUCCAAAUCCAGGUGCAGCAAAAAGGCGCUGCAUGUGAAUUUCAAAGAGCUGGGCUGGGACGACUGGAUCAUCGCGCCCCUGGAUUACGAGGCGUACCACUGCGAGGGUGUGUGUGACUUCCCCCUGAGGUCGCACCUCGAGCCGACUAACCACGCCAUCAUACAGACGCUCAUGAACUCCAUGGACCCCAACAGCACCCCGCCCAGCUGCUGCGUCCCCACCAAACUCAGCCCCAUCAGCAUCCUGUACAUAGACUCAGGCAAUAACGUGGUGUACAAACAGUACGAGGACAUGGUGGUGGAGCAGUGUGGGUGCAGGUAGCGGCCCUUAUUCAUGCAAAAAACUUUAAAAGACAGAAAAAUCAAAGCUAAGUCUUAAUGGGUCCCAGGUUAAAGAUAUAAAGUCCUCACAGGUCUGAAUGCUUUGACGCAUGACGCGCCUUGUCUUUAUCCAAAAGGGAUGCACACAAAGGCGAUAUCUGCUAUUUAUUCAGACUCAGUACAGUCACAAUAAUUCACAAUCUAUGCCUUAAAGUGUUACGCCUUCAUUCCCAUCCAUGCAACAGGUCAUCACUCAUCAAACAGGCUAUUGUUUCCCCGAGAGACGUGAGACGUGUCCAUAUGGCACAAGGAAUGGGUACAAGGCGAGAUGGGAGCCUAUUGAGUGCGACUGUGCACCUGUUCGUGCCGAGGCCAGAGGACAGUGGGCUUUGCCUGUCAGCGCUUUGUUGCAGCUCUGCCGUGUGAUCCUGCCAGCCAGGCCGGACUCUUUUGGGUAUGUGCAUCCAGGCCGUAAUUACCACUGUCCAGCUGGAGUCAUUACAGGCCCGAGCAAGUGCCUGCUUUCCAAAAAAGGGGGUGAAUGUCUAAUCUACCAAACACACACACACACACACACACACACACACACACACACACACACACACACGUUUGUUUCACUAUCCCCUUGAGGGACAGUCAUUGAUAUAAUGCUUUCCCUAGCCCCUUACCCUAACCUUAACCAUCACAACUAAAUGCCUAACCUUAACCCUUACCCUCACCCUAACCUUAACCUAAUUGUAACCUGUACCCUAAAACCAAGUCUUAACCCUCAAAAAACAGUCUCCACUCAUGGGGACCUCAAAAACACAAGUCCCCAUGGGUUAGUGUGCAUUCAGGUUAAAGUCCCCACCGGGAUAUAAGAACAUGAAAUACACACACACACACACACUCACACUCAGACACAGAAUGGUCUGAGGAGAGGAGAUAAGAUGGUGGUGGUAAUGCCUUCAAGAGAUUUUUGCUUUACUGGAGACCAGUUGAGAGGCGCUGGGAGAGGCGUCGUGCGCCUUUGUGGACAGAAAGGACACAAAACCAGACUUGUGCCUGACUGGGGCCCUGUUGUAAAAAAAAAAAGCACACAUUACUGAGGCGAACUUUUUGCUCAAAAGUCUGCAUCUUUACGAAAUGCACUUCCACAACUGACUGCGCCAAGGACAUGUGGUCAGCGAGAGAGUUGUCUUCUCUGAUGACGAAAAUAUAAGAAAAAAGACUCGCACAGGAGACGAUAUUUAAAUGCACAUUAGCUUUGAAUGCACUGCUGUUCAUUAUUUGUUUGAGCUGUAAAUAUUUGUACAGUUGAAAACUUUACAAAGUGCAACGAAUGAAGAAAUGAGAAAACGGCAUUUCUUUGUAAAUAUACAAAAUGCACUCAAAUCGGUAUAAUUUCUAUUCUAUAAUUAUUUUAUUAUUUGUGAUGUACAGAGUUUCAUGAUAAUCAUAUAUUUCUUACAUUGAUAAGAGUAAUUUAAGGUGUAUUCGAUAUUUUUUUGCAGAGGGUGGAAAAUACCAUUAUUAAUGUCUACCUCAUAAUUGCAUAUAGGAUCUGAGUUUUGAGGUGCAUUCAGUUAGAGUGUAAAGAGCUUUUACAAUGAUAUAUAAGAUCAUUUAUAUACAUAUAUUACUGGAUAAUAUUCCACACCAUUACUGUACAAAUAAAAUUCAAAACAAAGUC